AUGGCGAGGAGCCCUCGAGAGUUGACGUUGCUGCUGGCACUGGUCACGCUUGGAAUCGUGGGCCUUUGCAUUUUCCUGGUAAACUUCGACAGCGAACCCAUUGCGGGCCCUCCGGCGUGGCGCUUUUCCGUGACCUUAGCGCGGGUGCGGGCGAAAGCCAAAGAAACCAGGAUCCCGCAGCAGCUGAUUCUCACAUCCAAGGACGGCUUGAUGGCCAACUUACCAUUAGCUGUGCAGCGCAAUGUGCGACACACGAUGGCUCUCAAUCCGUGGGUGCGGGUGCGCUGGUUCGGGGACGAGGAUUGCAAGCGUUAUUUGUUGCAACACUUCAAUGACACCGAGCUGCCCCAUUUCUUCUCGCAAGAACAGAGGCGCUGA